AUGAUGCUUAGAUUGAAUUACCGACAAGAAGCCGGGGUACUUACACAACGUGUUGUAAAAAUUGGACGAAAACGGCGUGUUUUGUGGUAUUUUGUUUGUUCAAAUGAUUCUCAUAUGUGGCGCAACGUCGAACACGAAGCGCAGGAGGAGGAGGGCGUACUUGUGGCGGUGCUGCGCCGCGAGGUAGCGCAGGAUUGCGGCAUGACGGUGGCCACGCUUGGCUACACCAUGGUGAUCUGUGGCAAUAGUGAUGAUCCGCAGCAUAGGUAUCGAGGACGCAUCGAAAAGGUAAAAUUUGGAGUACCGAUUGAAGAGGCUUUCGCGCACGACAUACCUGCCACUUUAUUGGUUAGUAUUACUUUUGUUAUUAUUAUUGUUAUUAUUAUUCCGCCAUUGUUAUUAAUAUCAUUAUUAUUUUUGUGGUUACAUAGCAAAAAUUUGUUUUUUCCUUUCAUCUUGACAUGUGCCUUAAUAUAA